GGAUCCCAGAGCCUCGACCAGGGCUGCUCCGGCUGGCCAGGGUAGCAGGGAUGACUCCGGGGGUUGCCCACGCCAAACAGCGCGCAGACUCCGCGGCGCAUCCCGACUCUCCACUUGCUCCCAAGUGAAAAGCGGUGGGAGGAGGAGUAAGGAGGAGGGAGGUGGAGGGAGAGGUAAAAGGGAUCCUGUUUAAUUCGAGGUCCUGGGGGUGUGGGAGCGGGAGGAGGCUCCUCUGGUCCCUCCUCCCUCAUGGAGUCCUGGGCUCCACCUCCUCCACAUGCCCCCAGAUAUACACACGCUCGGCCGCGGCCGGACAUGCACUCCCAGCGCCGGCUCCGGGCGCGCGCACACGCAGGUGGCGACACACACCUGAGCCGGUGCCCAGGGCUCCCGCCGGGUCGGGAGCGGCGGCGGAGCGGCGGCCGGCGCCGGGAAGGGGCCCACGGGGCCGCGGCAGCCGGGGACGCGGGAACAGCCCCGGCGCGGAUCUCCGAACUGAGGUGACGGCGCGGUUUCCUUCAAUCCCCUCCUCCGGCACCUUCGCCUCCGCGCCUGCCGGGUUCUGGCCCGAGAACCCUGGAAAGAGGGGCCCCCGGCUCGGCGCACCCGCGGGCGCACACUGCGAGGCCGGCGCGCCGGCGCGCGAAACUUGGGCGAAGUUAGUUGCCAGGGCCCGGCGGACACCCAGAGGAGCCGGGUGGGGACGCGGCCGGGCCGGGCCAGCCGCGCCGAGGCGGCACCGCCUUCCCCGCUCCGCGCUCUCCGAGAUCCCCAGUCGGCCGGCGCGCCCGGAGGGGCUGGGAGCGAGCGGAGCCGGCAUGGCCCCGGGGACUGUGAGACGCGGCGCCUCGGCUAGUCCGGAGGAUUUCCUCUGAGGCCCGGGGACCCCAACCUUGAUCAAGCCACAUCCUACCUCCUCCGACCCGCAGCCGGAGAGGAAGACCCGCGAGGCAGGUGCUGGGGUGGCAGACAGUGCCCCCCUUCCACAAAACCCAGCCUUCUGGGGGGAGAAAGAGAGGGACCCCAUCAGCGCGCCCCGCCCGGAGCCAGGAAGACCGGCUGGAGCUGCUGUAUUUGUAUUGACAUCCAUUGCUGCACCGUUCUCGCGUGGUGCGCCCGGACCCUCCUCCGUCUCCCCCUCCUCUUCCUCCUCCGGGGCCACCUCUCCUCCUCCUCCCCCACCCCCAUCUGCUACUGUCAAAUGAGAAAGUCACCGCGAUCCCAAACACUCCAGCCACCGAGAGCCCCCUUUGGCACUGGGCAGCACGCGGCGACGGGCCGCGCGGCUCAACUUGGUGGAACCUCCGCGACGCAACUUUCCGGGCUGCUGUGCGUGGAAGAGAGAAAAGACUGACCCGGGGCCGAGCUCUGCCGGGCAGAGGAGACCUGCAGGGAGUUCGCGAGAAAGCGCCACCGGACGGGGAGGAAGGACAAAAAGAAAGCAGAGGGCACACUGCCACCGUGGGGUGGGGGCACCGCCUGAAAGUUACCGCGCUCCGGAGAGUUCUCCCCCGAGCGCGCGGCCCUGGGCUGGUCACCCGGCCCCCUCCUCCCGGGCGGGAGCGCCGCCGGGCCGCGCGUGUCCCCGCGGGCAGCCAACAUUGAUUUCCUCCGGGCCCAGGGAGACGGCCCGGGCGGCGGCGGGCUGCAGCCGCGGCCCGGCGAGAGCAUGUCCAAGCCGGUGGACCACGUCAAGCGGCCCAUGAACGCCUUCAUGGUGUGGUCGCGGGCUCAGCGGCGCAAAAUGGCCCAGGAAAACCCCAAGAUGCACAACUCGGAGAUCAGCAAGCGCCUGGGGGCCGAGUGGAAGCUGCUCACGGAGUCGGAGAAAAGGCCGUUCAUCGACGAAGCGAAGCGCCUGCGCGCCAUGCACAUGAAGGAGCACCCCGACUACAAGUACCGGCCGCGGCGCAAGCCCAAGACGCUGCUCAAAAAGGACAAGUUCGCCUUCCCGGUGCCCUACGGCCUGGGCGGCGUGGCGGACGCCGAGCACCCGGCGCUCAAGGCGGGCGCCGGGCUGCACGCGGGCGCCGGCGGCGGCCUGGUGCCGGAGUCGCUGCUCGCCAACCCGGAGAAGGCGGCCGCCGCCGCCGCCGCCGCCGCCGCUCGCGUCUUCUUCCCGCAGUCGGCCGCCGCCGCCGCCGCCGCCGCUGCCGCCGCCGCCGCGGGCAGCCCCUACUCCCUGCUCGACCUGGGCUCCAAGAUGGCAGAGAUCUCCUCGUCGUCGUCCGGCCUCCCGUACGCGUCGUCUCUGGGCUACCCGACCACGGGCGCGGGCGCCUUCCACGGCGCGGCGGCGGCGGCUGCAGCGGCCGCCGCGGCCGCCGGGGGGCACACGCACUCGCACCCCAGCCCGGGCAACCCGGGCUACAUGAUCCCGUGCAACUGCAGCGCCUGGCCCAGCCCCGGGCUGCAGCCGCCGCUCGCCUACAUCCUGCUGCCGGGCAUGGGCAAGCCUCAGCUGGACCCUUACCCCGCGGCCUACGCCGCCGCGCUAUGACCCCGCGGGGCCACCUGGCGAGGUUCGGUGUGCACACAUGUACAUAUGUAUAGGUGCGAGCUCUGCGGCCACCCGGUGCGCCCUCCCGCCACGGGGGACCGCGGGUUGUUUGUACAUAAGAUGUAUAGGUGCCAGGCAGAGGCAGAGAUGCCAGUCGGGGCGCGAGUGCGCGUGUGAAUUCACAGGAUCAUUUCGGAACCGCACUUGGGCAGCCAGCUUUAAAGUGGGCAGUUGUAUUCCGGCAGGAGUUGGCGUUUGUUUUGCACUUCGGAACCUGUUGCGUUUUGGCCCAUAGAGGUGGAGUCACUUUUUGACAUGUUGGGCACUCCAGUUUUGUUUGUUGGAAGUUUAUUGUCGGUUUUAUUUUUGUUUCUCAUUAUCUUUCUCUCAUUUUUUCCCCCCCUCCUGGUCUGCGUUGCAUGCACACUGUUCAAAUGUUAGGUCUGAAAUGGCUGACACCAGGGAAAACCAGAUCUAUGCCAUUAGUUUCUUUGGAGCGGGAGGGUGCUAAGCAACCUUGCUCCCUAUUUGUCCUAUUUGAACUUUGCCAAUCUCUGCUCUCUCAAGCAGAAACCCCAGACCGGAUCCAUUCUUGACCAGUGACCAGCUCGAAUCUGGCCUUUUGUAUGUGAGAUGAUCGCGGUUUCUUUUGUUUCUCACGCCAUAUGCAAAUCAGAGCAAGAGGUCUUUCUCAAGAGCAAGGAAUGCAAACAAGAAAUAUGUGUGCGAUUGAAAAGUUGUCAAUUGGAUCUUCCCCCUUAAAUAAAAACAAAACAGGUGGGAAUCACCCUGAGUCCACUCACUUGGAUUGCUGACACAAUUUAUAGACAAUGUAAAGGCCCUGUUUCUAUUUUCCCCUAUGGCCGAGAUUGUAAAUGUGUACAUGUUCGUGCAAACAUUAAGUCUGAGAAUGUGUUAUUUGCGUUGCCCUAAAUUUGAGUCGAUUUUAGACUCUAAAGCAUUUUGAGCAAAUAUCAAAGUUAACUUUUUAAAAAUUACAAUUUGAACUAAGAUUAAAUCGGACUUUUUUUUGCCUGAGUGGCAAUUAUAUAUUCAUUAUUUAGCAAAACUGAAAAAAAAAAAAACACCCGCAGAAUUGUUUUGACAGAUGUCUCUCGUUGUCAGCCAGCAUUUCUCCACCAACUUGAACCGUUUAAAUGUGUUUUGGAAUUCCCUCCCUAAUUAGCUUAUUUUUUAGAUCAUCUGCAAUUCAUUUGCAAUUUAUGAUAAAACACAUUUUAGAGAAAAGAACCUUCCUCAAUUAUAGCUUUUGUGUUUCUUUUUAAAUGUAUAUAUUUUGACUAAUGUUUGUGAAUGAAGUUGGCUAACAUGUAUUUAGUUUCAUUUUGGCUUUAUGUAAUAUACAGUUUUUAAAAGUUUAAGUAUUGGUUUUAACCUUUAUGUGUAAAUGGUUUUCUUGUGUGAUCUUCUAAUUUAAUAUUAGACAUCUAAACUAUAUCUGUAAAUUAGAAUCCGACUAUCACUCUGUUCAUUUUUUUGAACAAAGAGUUUAAAUAAAGCCUGAACCAGGGAAAAGAGAAAAUCCUCUAUUUCUUGUUGAGUUCCUAA